AUGAUUAUUUCUAAUGCUCUGCCUUUUAUGUUUAUCGAAAAUGAAGACACUAUUGCUGUAUUUGAAUUUUUGGUACCAGGACUCAAAUUAUCAAAGCGCAAAAUCAUUGGUGGCAAAGUAUUAAUGAAAAGUACACAAUCAUUGCAAGAUAAUAUAAUCAAAGUUGCUAAAAAUAAUAUGAAUAGAGUAACUGCAACAUUUGAUGAUGAAACUAUAAAACAUGAAUUAACUACCACUGGUUUUGAUUAUCAAGUAAGUGAUGACAAUGAAGAUAAUUUUGGAGAGGGAACAAGUGCCAGAUCUUAUGAUCAAAUAAAUCAAAACUCUGAAGAAAAUGAAGAUUUGGUUACAGAAAAAGAACAAAGAUGGGAAAAUCUAAUUCAAGAGUGGAUAGAGUUUGGAAAUUGUGAGAACCAAUUUGAAAAUCAGAAAGAUGAAAUUUUAUUAUCGAGUGAUUAG